AUCAAGCAACCGUUAAUUUCAGAUUGCAGUCUGUGUGCACAUUGCAUAAUGCAAUUUGCAUUGCUUAUCCUGCAUUAUCUACUUGGAUUUCAUAUUUCCAUAUUAUAAUAUUAUUCAUUGUCCUGAAAUGUUGUAUUUGAUAGGACUAGGUCUUGGUGAUCCUUCUGACAUCACGGUCAAGGGUUUGGAAAUGGUUCGAAGCUGUGAGCACGUGUAUUUAGAGUCAUACACGUCCAUCAUGACUUCAACCUCUUUGUCGGACAUGGAGUCCUUCUUUCAAAAGAAGUUGAUCAUUGCAGAUCGUGACCUCGUGGAGCAGGGGGCUGACCAAAUCUUAGAGCAUGCAAAGACGGGAAAUGCGGCAUUCUUAGUGAUUGGAGACCCGUUCGGAGCCACGACCCACACGGACCUCGUUCUGCGAGCUAGAGAGCUCAGCAUUCCCACCCAAAUCGUGCACAACGCCUCUAUUCUUAAUGCUGUUGGUGCAACUGGGCUGCAACUUUAUUCCUUUGGGGAAACCGUUUCAAUCCCUUUUUGGACGGAUACGUGGAAACCUGAUAGUUUCUUUGACAAGAUUUGUCAGAAUAAGGCCAGAGGGUUGCACACGCUCUGCCUUUUAGAUAUUAAAGUCAAGGAACCCAAUUUAGAUGCGAUGAUGCGAGGAAAAGUCGUGUUCGAACCUCCACGUUUUAUGACGGUGGCUCAAGCUGUAAACCAACUUUUACAAAUUAUUAACGCACAAACAACUGAUGAUUGUCCCGUAACAAAUGGUGACGUUUGUCUGGGCGUGGCUCGAGUUGGUUCCCCCACUCAACACAUUGUUGCAUGUCCCAUUGAUCAAAUGGUUAACCAAGAUCUGGGACCUCCCCUCCAUUCUCUUGUUAUCCCUGGCAAGUUGCAUCCCCUUGAAUCCGACUAUAUUGCAGAAUUCAUACCAAGGAACACUGUUGAAAAUAAAACGGAAGCAGUUGUAUUAUGAAAAAUA